AUGCGCAAGGUGCUUCUCACAGUGUUCUUCACGGCCAUAAGCUUCGAGAGUGCGGCGGCUCUUGAGUGCGAUGUCGCGCGACAACAUUUCCGCUCGAGAAAUUUUACUCUAUCGGAGACCUGCGAGGAGCAAGCGACGGGCAUCGUCUGCGGUACGGCCUCGAACUGCUGUCCGUUAGGGCUGCAGGAAGAGAUGAAACACAAAGCAUCCAUUGAACUGAGACAGAGACUUUCUUUCAUCGAGGAUUAUCACCGGGAAAUGUCGCUCAUCGAAAUGCAACUCUUCGAUGCAUAUGGCGAACUCUUCAGCAAAGCACAAGAACAUACCCUUUCGACUCUCCACAUCGAUUUGAGAUUCAUGGAGCAGAACAGCUCAGUGGAAGCGUUCUACAAAACUUUGCGGACGUAUCUUCUGGGCAUCGGUCACCGACAUUCGGACGACGAUAGUCCGAACGUGAUAGGAGCGGCUCUCAAUAGUCUCUUCUCGGACAUCUUCGUAUCGGUCUAUGAACAGACGGCCAAUCCCAGGGAGAGAUUCUUCAGCAAUGCGUUCAAAAGCUGUCUCCGACAACAAAACUUGGCUUUACAACCUUUUGGCGAAGUGCCUCAAAGACUGGCCGCAUACUUCACGAAGAGCUUCCACGUGGACCAUCUUGUCAUGAAGUCAGUGAGAACGCUCAUUGAGGUGCUGAAGACGGCUUCCGAGGCAAAUGUCACAAAUUACUCUGAAUGCUCGCGGGCCUUCGCGAAUCUCGUCCAUUGCCCUGCUUGUCACGCAUACACCGAUUUGGCUCCGUGCAACAGAUUCUGCGUCAAUGUCGUGCGGGGUUGUUUAGCGCCCCUUUCUGAUCUCAACGCUCCGUGGACAUCUCAGGUGGAAAAAACCAUUCGUUUGCUGAAGAGAGCUCAGGAGACGAACUAUCAUGUCGAGAUCGGGUUGUUGCUCAUUUCACAAAGGCUUGUGGAAGCUGUGCAGUAUGCUAUGGAUAAUGGAAUCGAGGUCGUGAAGAGGGUCCAAGCGAGCUGCGGAGAUCCUGACGGGAAAGGCGACCUGAUCAUAAAAGCGACGAAUGAUUCCUCUCAACAGAGAACCGCGACGGAAACCGUUGAGUUACUCACGGGACCCGCGAAGAAACUCCAGGAGACUGCUGACACGCUACAAGCUAAAUUGCAUACUAUUCUCGAUUUAUUUGAAACGAUUUCCGAGAGACUUUGUCCGGACAUCUCGAAUUCGGACUGCUGGAACGGAUCGACAAGAGGAGAUUACUCGAAAACUCUCGCCGGACGCGGUGUCGGAGCUCAGAAACUCAAUCCGGAGGUUGUCUUCAAUGAUCGAAUGAUUCCGAACUACGUCAAACUGGUUGAACAUUCUCUCAGGAUGAAACAGGUUACAGGCGCUAUAAAUCAUGCCGCCGUUUUCAAGAUGAAACCCGAAAUCGAGAAUUAUCAGGUUGAAACUAGACAGAAAGAGAGUUUCCUGAGCGACGGCAGCGGGGAUGCGGAACCCGGCAGCGGUGACGACGAAGACGACGACGAAGGCUCAGGUUCAGGAGCUGCCCCCCAAGACGUCGAUGCCGAGCCAGACAAUGUCGUUCCCGGAUCCGACGCAAGUCAAGAGAACGUCACUGCGGCUACAACGACGACCACGAGCUCUUCUCAGCCCACCGAAUCCUCGAAUGACUCGUCGGCCCCCUCAGUCAAUGCGAGCAAUAUCUGUGCUCUCCUCUUACCGACAUUGCUCAUGCUUAUCCAUAGAUCGCUCUGA